AUGGCAGCCUUUCCUUACCAGCAUCAGCAUCUCGCUUUUCUUGUUGACGAGUUUCAGCCCAAUCCCAACACCGAAAACGACGUGUCUAGUUUCCUGCUAGAGCAAGCAACCAUUGCAAGCGGAGCAAUUUUUUCUCCAAAUCUGACACAUGAAUAUCUCCAGGAGAGCACUUUACAUGCUGAAAGAAUCCUUGAAACUAUCCAUGAUGAUGAGAACUUCAGUGAGAAAGUCCAUUUCACUAGUACUAUAAACUACUCUCCUGCGAUUGUAAAUCAUAAUUCAAGUUCACCAUCCAUGGUGGUUGGUCUUGACUUCAGUGAAGAGGAUCAAGUUACUCAGGUGAUGACCCCGACAAUGGGGCAAAUGAGAAAGCAAUCAUUGCCAACCAAAAAGGUAAAAAAAGAAAGCAAACAUGAGAAACGAAACCCAAAAAGUUCCUUCUCGACAAAUCUAGAGAGAGAAAGGCCCACAAAAAGACAGAAGAAAGUUCCUCCUCUCGAGCAUCCGACCGGCUAUGUUCACGUCAGGGCAAGAAGGGGUGAAGCAACAGACAGUCACAGCCUUGCUGAGAGGGUGAGAAGAGAGAGAAUCAGUGCGAAGAUGAAGCUUUUGCAAUCUCUGGUUCCUGGAUGCGACCAGAUAACCGGCAAGGCUCUCAUACUGGAUGAGAUAAUCAGAUAUGUCCAGUCUCUAAAGGAUCGAGUCGGGUCACUUGAAGCAGAACUUGUUUUGGUUAAUGAAAUCGUCAUUAAUGACUUUAAAGUGAGCCACAAUAUGGAGACACAAGCAUGGCAGGAGCUAUUUAGCUCGGAACUUUUGUUGCCGUCUGAUCUAGAAUCUGGAUCCUCCCAGCUCUCUCCCUUCGUUGAGACAUCAGAUGCACCCACUUCACUGUUGCAGCCACUCCUCACGUACUCCCAGCAAACAACUUUUUAAGUGCUACUCAAAUGGAAGGCAAACAAUCAUAAAAACUACGUUCCUAAUUUCGAUAAUGACCACUUUUCAGGAAACCAGCAACUCUUAAAGGGCAUGAAAGAUUGUUUAGCAGCGUGGAUUAGCCAGUUUGCAAUUUUCUAGUGGAAAAUCAGAUGUCAAACAUUACCUGCAGAAAUGCCUCUUAUUUUCAAGUUCCUCAUUAUCUAGAUAUUGUUCCAUGAGUUGUGAUACAAAUUCAAUUGGUUCGUGUGAUUUUGGAAGUUAAUUUGUUAUAUUUCGUUGUCAUUCUUUGGUUUUAGAUCAUGUGGUCCUCUAAGAUUCAGA